CCCGGCGGCAGGUGGCGCCCUCUGCGGCGGACACACACAAGAUGGCGGCGGCGGCGUCAGCGAGCGGCGGCCGUCCCCUCUGACAGCGCUCGGCCUGCCCGCCGCCAUGUUGGUGAGGGCGGGAGCGGCGGUAACGACGACCCUGCCCGGGCUGCGGCGGUUGUGGCGGGGCGGGGGGAGCGGGGUCGCCGCCUGCUUCCCGCUGGGGCGGGCGCUGCUGGGGCUACGGGGCGCCGAGGCCGCCAUCUUCCUCCAGGGACUCCUCACUAAUGACGUCAAUCGGCUGGUAGCGGGUGACGCCGCCGGGGCGGCCCUGCCGCGCGCGCUCUAUGCGCAUGCACUCAACGUCCAGGGCCGCUGCCUGUAUGACGUUAUCCUGUACAGGAUUCACGAGAGUCCAGAAGAAGAGCCGCACAUCCUGCUGGAGUGUGACAGCGGCGUGCUGGACGCUAUACAAAAACAUCUGAAACUGUACAAGAUCCGGAGGAAAGUAAACAUCACCCCUUGCCUUGACCUCUCUUUGUGGGCCGUCGUCCCUGGGGAGCGCGCCGGAGGCGUCGCCAGUUCCCUCGCUAAACGUGCAGACCAGGCUCUGAUUUUAACUCCUGACCCCAGAACAGAAGUUAUGGGCUGGAGACUGAUUGCAGAGAAAGGAGCGAAUCUAUCACAGAUUAUCCCUGGGAGUCAUAUUGGAAAUAUUCAGGAUUAUCACAAGCACAGGUAUAAGCAAGGAAUUCCCGAAGGUGUGAAAGAUCUCCCUCCCGGAGUAGCCCUCCCACUGGAAUCAAACCUGGCUUACAUGAAUGGCAUCAGCUUUACCAAAGGCUGUUACAUCGGGCAGGAGUUGACAGCCAGGACCCACCACAUGGGUGUCAUUCGCAAACGUCUGCUGCCAGUCCACUUUUCGGCUCCUCUUCCUGAGGAUGGCAUUCCCGAGGGGGCCGAAAUCUUCACUGAAUCGGGAAAGUCGGCCGGCAAGUUCCGGGCUGGAGGAGGUGAACUUGGUAUAGCUUUGCUGAGGUUGGCUUAUAUAAAUGAACCACUCUGCCUAAAUAUAGCAGGUGAUAAAGUGAAGCUCACUGCAAGUAUACCCGAGUGGUGGCCAAAAACCGCUAGUAAAUAAAUGAGGAACCACCACUCGCACAUUUGCCUUAUUGAGAAUAUAUUUUGUGUGAUAAAUCUGGGUACGCGACUCUGCCUUCAGCUGUUUGUGGUGUUUGAUGGGGGCGGGCGUUACAGGAUUCCUCAACUUGGGACUAAACGGCAGGAACCCAAACCAGCGGCAGGUCGCUGAGGACAGGAGGAUAAUCUGUUAAAGCGUUGUGGAGAGACCCGUGCAGGGUGCGCACGGAAACACACCUUUUCCUGAGGUUUUCUCUUAUUUAUUUAGGGGAUGAACGUGUCAGUGGGCUGGACUGCUGCUGACUUUUCACUCCACCGCUCUGCGUCGGGUACAGUGCGUGUUCAGACUGAAGUGAGUGAUGGGAGCGGGGGUUUCCCCGUUGUAUGCACUGAAUUUCUGUUCAGAAUAACCAUUCUGUGGUAUUAUAAUUUAUUUUUUUUUUUAAUGGAGAGCACGCUGCUCUUACCUUGUGUAAGAUACAUACUCAGGCUAAAAUGUUCACUGCAAAUUACUCCUUGCAUUGAGCUUCUUAAGCUUCCUGAUGGGGUGGGGUUUUUUUCUCACCACUCUAGCUGCUAAUUGUGUUCAGGAAGAGGAAUACCUUGUACUCCACGUUUCAGACCUUAAGUCAUCCCUGGUGGGUCGGCUCUCAGACAUCCCAGUCCCAUCCCCUGCUUCAGUGCCAGCAGAGGGAGCACAGGCAGCGGCAGCCAGCUCCUCUGCCACUCCUCACCUCGGUCAUGCACGCUCCCUUCGCUCCAACGACUGUUUCAGAGAGGAAAGUGAUAUUUUAGAGAAGUGCACUGGUGCGUGCCCUGGGAUGACUAUUGUAUAAGUGUACUCGUGCUUGGCAGAAUAAUCUAUGACUAGAAGCACGUGCCCUCCAGUCGCCAACAACAGUUGAGGGGUGGAUUUUUUUUGGCAUCAACAUCUUUGCUCUGUCAUCUUGUAGAAAAAUCCUCCGCACUUUCCUGAAGCCUUCGGCAGGGGUUCCCUCCCUCCAAAAAGCUGGGGAAGGGACAGCGUGGCCCCAUCUCAGGCCUUUGCUCCUUCCCUCAGCGUUAAGCCGCGUUCCCUGGAGAAGGGGUUAAUGCCACACGUGCUCUUGGCUUAGCCUGGUGUUCCUGAUGCAGGAUUUUCACCACUGUCGUUCCUCUGGCCGCAUCACCACCACGCUUGUUCUGAGAGCUCUCUGUACCCCUUGUACAAAAACCUGUCUGGGCUGAGUCCCUGCUGCUGUCUCUGGCUGAGGUUUUCUUCAUCCACCGUCCCCUGUGGGUUUUCAGAGUAGCCCACUACUUCAGGGUUUCUUUGCUGCAUUUUCCUGCCUCCUGUUCCUUUUCUGACUUUGCACUUUUUCUUGCUUCUACAGUCAAUGUAUUCCUCUUUGCCCCCCUAAAGCCAACCAGCUCCGUGCCUCCUAACCCUGUCAACCUGCAGUAAUUUAUAGGAGCCCUAUGGAUUUUUGUACUACAAUAAAUCCAUUGCACGCCUGCUCUUGGAAUGGCGCGUCUGCGGAAGGGUGUGAUGAGAGAGGUGAGCAGGUGAGAUCCCACACAGACUGAAAAAAAAAACUCUUGCAUUUGAAUUUGUAACAAAAACCGUCCAAAGCACAUUCUGCCACUGUUUCAGUGUCACUGUUACUGUGAAGGGAAUUUAUCUGUGAAAAAUACUGCUACUGGUUAAAACUUUUUAUGCUUGCUGUAAAAUGAGUUUGUGGAAUAAGUCAUUAAAAGUUUAUUGUAUCAGCA